AUGGGGGAGACGGGUAAUGGGGAGGGGGACGGGGAGAAGCGGGAGACGGGGGAGGGGGAGAAGGGGAAUGGGAAGGGAGCGAGAGGCGAGGGGGAGUUCAGAGGGAGGAGAGGCGAGUGGGUGUGGGGGUAUAGGGAGGGGAGAAGAGGGGACGGAGUCAUGGUAGGGUGGGAUGGAGGGCAAGGGGGAGGAGGAAGCGGAGUGCAUGGGAGAGGUGAGGGAAGGGGGACAGAGAGAAGGGGCAAGCGAGGGGGCAAGGAGGGGAGCAGAAGGGAUGCUGAGGAAGCCAUGAGGCAGCGCGUGCUGCCAGGGCUGAAGGAGAUUUCGCUUUUCCCCCUCCGCAACCCCCUUUCUACUUCAACCCUCCACGCCCAGGGAACAAUGCAGCGGCAGGUGCUAGCAGGGCUGAAAGUGGGAUUGGCUCCGUCCAGACAUCGCCUGGCCAAGGUGCCUGCAGGUGUUCAGUGUGGUGUGGUGGGAGUGCAUGUGUGUGGGUGGGAUAAUGCUCGCAACACUCCCGUGGUUGUGGCUCUCUCCAGACGCCGCCUGGCCAAGGUGAGUGCUGGUGGGGUGCUGGUGCUAUUAGGUAGCACACGGGAAGGCCGGGAACCAGCACACAGGGGAGUGCUUGCAGCAUUCCUGUACUCAUUGCUCUCUCGCGACUCCGCCUGGGCAAGGUGUGCCCUCCAGGUGACUGCAGGUGUGCACUCCAGGUGUGCCCUCCAGUCCCUUGACCCAUUCCCUCAGUCCCUUGACUCAUUCCCUCAGUCCCUUGACCCAUUCCCUCAGUCCCCUGACCCAUUCCCUCAGUCCCCUGACCCAUUCCCUCAGUCCCCUGAGACAUUCCCUCAGUCCCUUGACCCAUUCCCUCAGUCCCUUGACCCAUUCCCUCAGUCCCUUGACCCAUUCCCUCAGUACCUUGACCCAUUCCCUGAGUCCCUUGACCCAUUCCCUGAGUCCCUUGACCCAUUCCCUCAGUCCCUUGACCCAUUCCCUGAGUCCCUUGACCCAUUCCCUGAGUCCCUUGACCCAUUCCCUCAGUCCCUUGACCCAUUCCCUGAGUCCCUUGACCCAUUGCCUAAUCCCUUGACCCAUUCCCUGAUCCCUCGACUAAUUCCCUCAUCCCUUGACCCAUUCCCUCAGUCCCUUGACCCAUUCCCUGAGCCCCUUGACCCAUUCCCUGAGUCCCUUGACCCAUUCCCUGAGUCCCUUGACCCAUUAAUUUUGUCCCUUGACCCAUUCCCUGAGUUCAUUGACCCAUUCCCUGAGUCCCUUGACCCAUUCCCUGAGUCCCUUGACCCAUUCCCUCAGUCCCUUGACCCAUUCCCUCAGUCCCUUGACCCAUUCCCUCAGUCCUUUGACCCAUUCCCUCAGUCCCUUGACCCAUUGCCUCAGUCCCUUGACCCAUUCCCUCAGUCCCUUGACCCAUUCCCUCAGUCCCUUGACCUAUUCCGUCAGUCCCUUGACCCAUUCCCUCAGGCCCUUGACCCAUUCCGUCAGUCCCUUGACCCAUUCCCUCAGUCCCUUGACCCAUUCCCUCAGUCCCUUGACCCAUUCCCUCAGUACCUUGACCCAUUCCCUGAGUCCCUUGACCCAUUCCCUGAGUCCCUUGACCCAUUCCCUCAGUCCCUUGACCCAUUCCCUGAGUCCCUUGACCCAUUCCCUCAGUCCCCUGACCCAUUCCCUCAGUCCCCUGAGACAUUCACUCAGUCCCUUGACCCAUUCCCUCAGUCCCUUGACCCAUUCCCUCACUCCCUUGACCCAUUCCCUCAGUCCCUUGACCCAUUCCCUGAGUCCCUUGACCCAUUCCCUCAGUCCCUUGACCCAUUCCCUCAGUCCCUUGACCCAUUCCCUCAGUCCCUUGACCCAUUUCCUCAGUCCCUUGACCCAUUCCCUGAGUCCCUUGACCCAUUCCCUCAGGCCCUUGACCCAUUCCCUCAGUCCCUUGACCCAUUCCCUCAGUCCCUUGACCCAUUCCCUCAGUCCCCUGACCCAUUCCCUCAGUCCCCUGAGACAUUUUCUCAGUCCCUUGACCCAUUCCCUCAGUCCCCUGAGACAUUCCCUCAGUCCCUUGACCCAUUCCCUCAGUCCCUUGACCCAUUCCCUGAGUCCCUUGACCCAUUCCCUCAGUCCCUUGACCUAUUCCCUCAGUCCCUUGACCCAUUCCCUCAGUCCCUUGACCCGUUCUCUCAGUCCCUUGAUCCAUUCCCUCAGUCCCUUGACCCAUUCCCUCAGUCCCUUGACCCAUUCCCUGAGUCCCUUGACCUAUUCCCUCAGUCCCUUGACCUUCCCUUGACCCAUUCCCUCAACAUUCCCUCAUCCCUUGACCCAUUCCCUGAGUCCCUUGACCCAUUCCCUCAGUCCCUUGACCCAUUCCCUCAGUCCCUUGACCCAUUCCCUCAGUCCCUUGACCCAUUCCCUCAGUCCCUUGACCCAUUCCCUGAGUCCCUUGACCCAUUCCCUCAGGCCCUUGACCCAUUCCCUCAGUCCCUUGACCCAUUCCCUCAGUCCCUUGACCCAUUCCCUCAGUCCCCUGACCCAUUCCCUCAGUCCCCUGAGACAUUCCCUCAGUCCCUUGACCCAUUCCCUCAGUCCCCUGAGACAUUCCCUCAGUCCCUUGACACAUUCCCUCAGUCCCUUGACCCAUUCCCUGAGUCCCUUGACCCAUUCCCUCAGUCCCUUGACCUAUUCCCUCAGUCCCUUGACCCAUUCCCUCAGUCCCUUGACCCAUUCCCUCAGUCCCUUGACCCAUUCCCUCAGUCCCUUGACCCAUUCCCUCAGUCCCUUGACUUUACCCAUUCCCUCAGUCCCUUGACCCAUUCCCUCAGUCCCUUGACCCAUUCCCUCAGUCCCUUGACCCAUUCCCUCAGUCUCUUGACCCAUUCCUCCCUUGACCCAUUCCCUCAGUCCCUUGACCCAUUCCCUCAGUCCCUUGACCCAUUCCCUCAGUCCCUUGACCCAUUCCCUCAGUCCCUUGACCCAUUCCCUCAGUCCCCUGACCCAUUCCCUCAGUCCCCUGACCUAUUCCCUCAGUCCCCUGACCCAUUUCCUCAGUCCCCUGAGACAUUCCCUCAGUCCCUUGACCCAUUCCCUGAGUCCCUUGACCCAUUCCCUGAGUCCCUUGACCCAUUCCCUGAGUCCCUUGACCUAUUCCCUCAGUCCCUUGACCCAUUCCCUCAGUCCCUUGACCCAUUCCCUCAGUCCCUUGACCCAUUCCCUUAG